UUUCGUAGACUGUAAAAGUGUAAAGUGUAAAUAUUAUUUUACCAGUACAUACUACAUACUAAAUACCUAGUAAAUAAUUAUUCUUCGUUUUGGUAAAUGGUGUUUGUGUUUAAAUUUUACCUAUUACUAUUUACUACUUACGGUGUAAUGAAAUCAUAAAAUCUGCUUUGCGUCUCAUACCGAACAUUUUUAUUGUAAAUUUUCAAGUUUGUGUAAAAAAUAUUGAAGUUUGAAUUAAUAAUUUGUGGGAGGAGCAACUAUAAAAAUUGUUGAUCGUGGAUCGUGGAUUAGCAGAAUUGUGAUAUUUAUUUAGACAAAUUGACGAUAUUAUCAAAAUCUUUCUAUCUAACAAAAGUUAAUAUCAACUGCGUUUUUAUAUAGGUACUAUAUCUAUACUAUAGGUAUAAUUCAGAAAAAAUAUUUGUAUUCUUAAAAUUGCCUAGUUAUGGAUGGACCUAUAGAGGUUAACGAAAUAUCAGAUUUUGUGUCUUAUAUUCGAAGCAUUGAAUGGGGUGAUCCAUGGCUAAUUGCUCUAUUGUCUUUCCAUAUUCUAGUCACAUUUACGUGUCUUUCAACACGGAAUUAUAGUAACUUUCAGAUAAUUCUAUUUAUAACAUUAUUACUGCUGGUAUAUUUCUCUGAAAAUAUAAAUGAAGUUGCAGCAAAAAAUUGGAAUUUGUUCUCAAGACAGCAGUAUUUUGAUAGCAAGGGCCUCUUCAUAUCAGUAGUAUUCUGCAUACCAAUACUACUUAAUUGUAUGAUAAUGGUGGGUUCCUGGCUGUACCAGUCGACUCAGAUAAUGACCAACUUGAAACAGGCACAGCUGAGGCAGAGGAUAAAAGAGAUGAACAUGAAGGAAAGGAUGCGACUCGCCAAGACAGAUUAGUAUCGUCCAAAUAUUUCAUUGCGACACCUGAACAAGUUUCCUAAACCUAUGCCAAUUUGUAAACCAAAUAGUCGUGUCUUCCUCAUCUUUGGCAUAACAAAUAUAUGUGAAAUACAUAAUUUUUGCUAUU